AUGACGACAACGAUUGAAAAACCAAAAUUUGAUUUUUCCUUGCCAAAAUAUUCUGACAGUGUAAUCGCGAAAAUAGAUAACGCUACAAGGAAUAUUUCUGAAAGUCAAUCAGGCGCGAACCUGUUAACUACUAGUCGACCGGAUAUAAUCAAACCCCCAACCAGUAAAUUCUUAGAAGGCAAUUCGGCCUUUUCUAAAGUAGGGAUAUUAGACCCAUCGACUGGGACUAUAAAAAAAAGGUUGACCAGUGACUGGCCCAAUCCUGGCAAACUAUCUCGCCAGUAUUUAGACGACCCUAAACCUGGCCCAAUCAAGGCGCUAGACAGGCCCAGUCAAGGGCCAAGCCUGGCCCAGUUUUCUAACAGGGCUCUAUCUAGUUCGAGUCUAAUUGAACUAGAUUCAGAAAGUCUAAUUGAUCAAACGAUGAACCAGGGCUCAUCCAACCUAGAUGUUGACUCGCCCAUGGAUCAAUUCAGACUAAAAUAUAAAGAUCACGAAAAAUCUAACCUUUUUAGACCGAUUAGUUGUCAACGCGCAACAAACGCGGAGUUUAACGCUGAACAUGCGCAUUUGAAAGAAAAUCGGCUCUCAACCAAUCGAAAUAAGCGAAAUGAAAUCCGUUGUCAGUUGUCCCCAAACCUCGAUCGCGAGCAGGUCGCAGCUUCCUCUAGAAAACCCCUAGAUUCAAUUGUUCGCAAAUGGAAUAUAAAAUUCGCGGGGGAUAGUACGGUUAGUGUUGAGGAGUUUUUGGAACGCGUGGACGAUAUGUUAGAAAUCUCGUCAAUCACAAGUGGAGAGGUCCUUCGCGCCGCAGUUCUUUUGCUUGACGGUAUAGCACUCCACUGGUACAGGCAGAAUAAACAUAACUGGUCCACAUGGGACCAAUUUAAAUCAGCAUGUCGUGCUAGGUUUGGUGACGUAAAUUAUCAAUGGCGACUUGAAGAUCAGGUGACUAAUAGAAUUCAAGGCGCGGGUGAAUCCACUGCCAAUUACAUUACCUGUAUGCGUGGUUUGUAUCGAAAAUUCAACCGUGUCGUGACGAAUACCGAAAUGUUAGAUAGAGUUUACAUGAAUAUGCAACCUGAACUUAAGAAAUGCAUUAAACGUCGAGAAUUUAUGAACUUAGAAGAGUUAUCUCUCAUUGCGGCGGACGUUGAGCGAAUGUUAAGUUCUCUCACGGUCGAGAGAAAACCACAAAAACCGGAAGACUCAUUUUUCCCCGAAUUCGCUUUUGCGGGUAAAAUUAAAGAAAAACCGGUGGCUCCAAAUAAUAUUAAGAAAGAUUCAGACCCAGCUAUCGAUAAAUUAAUUAACAUGUUUAGUGCAUUGUCCGAUAAGAUUGAGAAAAUCUCAAAAGGAAAUCAAAAUUCCCCUUCGGAUUCAAAUGCAAAGAGACAAAAUAACUCGGGUAAAAAGAAUCAAGAUAAUAGAAAUCCGAAUAAAAAUAACGAUAAACCUAAGCGUACGGAAUUUCGCGAGGCAGUUAAACAACCCCCUUGUUUUAAUUGUCAAGGAAAGGACCAUUCGUGGAAAGAAUGUAAAAUAACUUGGAAGAAAUUCUGCUUCAUUUGCGGUGUUCAGGAAAAAGAUACAAAUAACUUGACCCAAGAUUCGGCACAUGUUAAGUGUCGCGAAUCUGGUAUUAACCUUGAUGAAUUGUGUGGAAUCGGGCCUCACUCGAGACCAUACAUUAAAUUGUUAAUUGGUGGUGCUGAAGUUCAGGCACUGGUUGACCCUGGCUCUUCUAAAACUUACUUGAACGCUAUUGGUAAAUCAAUCGUAGAGUUAAAUGGUAAUAAAAUAAAGGAACUUGAAUCGGGUCACGUAAUGUUGGCUAAUGGAACUAUUGUAACCAUAGUAGGCGAGGCUAUUCUGCCGGUCACUAUCGCUGGAGUGACUCGCGACUUAGAAAUCAAAGUAAUCCCCGACUUAACCGAUCAAUGCGUGUUAGGAGUCGAUUUUCUGACUAAAUUCGGAGUAGUAAUUGAUACUAGUAUCCAAAGGCUGUGGAUGGCUGAAAAACCUAUUAUUAGGAUCGCGUUUUGUAAACCCAGUAAACCAAUUAACUUCGAAGAAUGCGCAGGUCUCAUGGAACUUUCCUCUGAUGAACAAGCGGAACUUGACUCGCUAAUAAAACAGUUAGUUCCCCCUCUCCCAGAUAAGUUACCAGCCGUAACGUUAGUGGAACACGUAAUUAACACGGAGGAUCAUCCACCCAUCCGUCAAAAAAAUCAUCGAAUGUCACCGAAAGUUUGCGAAUAUUUCAUCAAAAAUUCAGAGAAUCUUGAACGUCAGGGAUUAAUUGAACCAUCCAAUGGUGAGUGGUGCAACCCGGUGUGUAUGGUCAAACAGCCGGAUGGCACUUAUCGCCAAUGCUUGGAUGUGCGUAAGGUAAAUGACGUCACAGUUAAAGACGCUUAUCCCAUACCGUUCAUGGCCGAUAUUCUCGAUAAACUAAAUGGGGCUCAUUACAUCUCCAAGAUUGACCUGAAAUUAGCUUACCACAAAAUUCCCCUUAGUGCGGAAAGUAAAGCUAAGACGGCUUUUGUCGUACCGGGGAAGGGGUUGAUGCAAUAUACGAGAAUGCCAUUUGGGCUUUGUGGAGCACCAGCCACCUUCCAACGGUUAAUGGAUAAAAUUAUAACGGCUCAAAUGAAGCCCUAUGUGUUCGCUUACUUGGACGAUAUAAUCAUUGUCACGCGGACGUUCAAGGAGCACACGGAAUGGCUGGAGCACGUAAUUAAACUCCUGCUCGAGGCUGGAUUUACCAUCAGCCCCGCGAAAAGCCAAUUCUGCGUCCCCGAAGUAAAAUAUUUAGGGUUUACCGUCAAUAAAAAUGGACUAUCUAUCGAUAAUGACAAAGUUCAACCCAUCUUAGAUUUUCCUCAACCUAAGAAUCUACGUCAACUCCGUCGUUUUAUUGGUGCGACUUCGUGGUACCGACGGUUUAUCCACGACUACGCGAAGACUUGCGAACCCUUAACUCGUCUGUUAAAAAAAGAUCAUCCGUUUAAAUGGACCGAUGAACAGGUCAAUGCAACUUCAACCCUAAAGAAAGCUUUAACUUCUGCGCCGAUCUUUGGUUACCCGGAUUUUAAUAUCGAGUUUCACGUUCAAACUGACGCAAGUAACUGUGGUAUCGGUGCCGUAUUAACGCAAAUUCAAAACGGCAAAGAACGAGUGAUCGCCUAUGCCAGCCGUAUACUCUCAAAUGCUGAACGGUCAAUGCACCUCGUACCGGAUGCAUUGUCCCGAAUGUUCGAAGACGAGACUGAGAACAAAAUCGCCGCGCUAGAAUUGACUAACGAUAAAUGGUACGAAAUUCGUAAACAAAACGUGAUUAAUGACCCACGCAAGUAUCAUAACUGGAAAGUGACUGACGAUCGACUCUAUUACUAUCGGAGUAACCCUCUGUUGGAAGAUCUUGUAGAAGACCUUUCAGCAUGGAAAUUAGUAGUCCCUUUAGGAGACCGCUUAAAAAUUAUGACAGAGGCCCAUGAACAUACCCAGGCCGGUCACUUAGGUGGCCAAAAGACUUACGAUCGUGCGUCAAUCCAAUACUAUUGGCCAGGCAUGCUUCAAGAUAUUGAACAAUUCGUUCGCAAAUGCAUUGUCUGCCAAUUAAAUAAAACAGAACAAGCCAAACCGCGUGGUUUAAUGACUCAACGUAUAGUACAUGAACCGUGGAGUGUAGUGGCCACGGACGUAAUGGGCCCAUUCCCUAAAAGCGCGAGAGGAUUCGAAUACUUAAUUGUAUUUCAAGACCUGUUUACUAAAUGGGUGGAGUUGGCCCCACUUAGAUCAGCGAACGCAAAUACUAUUACUAACUCGUUUCGUGAACUUGUUAUAAACCGAUGGGGUACUCCCCAGGUGUUGCACAGUGACAGCGGUACAGAAUAUAAUAAUAACGCGGUAAAAGAAUUAACCACCGCUUAUCACAUCCACCACUCGUUCAACCCUUUAUACCACCCACAAGCGAACCCAGUCGAGAGGACCAAUAGAGUCCUCAAGACCAUGAUUCGUUCAUUUAUCGGCGAUAACCACCGGAAUUGGGACAUUUUCAUCGGCGACUUUCGUUUUGCAUAUAAUACAGCGCUUCACAGUACAAAUCGAGUCACCCCGGCGUUCCUCAAUAUGGGGAGAGAACCCGUCCCAUUAAAAUCGUUCCGUCGGCUUGUGGAGGGGGGAGUCGAGUUGCCACCUCCUGAUGUCAAUGAGUGGACAACUCGAAUGUCUAGAUUGAAAGACCUGAGAGAAAAUAUAACUCAAAACCAAGACAAAGCUUUUCUCCGUCAGGCUAAAUACUAUAACCGCCGUUAUCGGGACCAACGUUUUGAAAUCGGGGACUUAGUUAAGAAACCGCUCCACGUCCUCUCAAAUAAACGCGACAAUAUAGCAACGUCAUUAGACGGUCGUCUCGCAGGGAGAUAUCACGCAUCCCACCUUCAACCGUAUCAUGCGGAAGAGAUUAGUAGCUAUUCGGAUGACUCGGAUGAGGAUCAAUCUCUUGACCGCGAUCUAUUAGAAAUCCACUGGUCUGAUUCGGAAUCGAAUAGGACGGAAUCGGAAACUGACCCAAUUGUGUUGACGGAACCUACAAUGGAUGUAGAACGCGUUCACCGUCACAAACUCCGCCUCCCUCUUUACAGAGGACGACCUGGAAAAUAUCCGCCAAGCGAUUGGGCGGGCUCAGCCCGUCAAAUUGACGCCGGAGGAAGAGCGCUACCUUCCGAAGGCCAAAAGUCCGGAGCCAAUUCCCGAGGAAGCAGGGGGGGUAGAUCCCGUUACCCCAGUACCAUCCAACAAUUGGGUCCUGCACGUUGA